AUGCAGCCGAGGACGCUCCCGCGCGGCCGCGCCGCCGUCCUGCGCGCGGUCACGGGAUGCCGCGGCCGCCGCGAAGAGCAGGCCCUCCACUGCCUCGUCUGCAAGCUCGGCCUCGCCUCCGACGUCGUGCUGGCGACCGCCUUGCUCGUCCGCUACGGCAAGCACGGCCUCCUGGCUCCGGCCCAGCGGCUGUUCGACGAGAUGCCGCGCAGGGACGCGGUCGCCUUCAACGCCAUGCUGGCCGCGCUCGGCGCCUCGGGUAGGGCGGAUGACGCGCGGAGGCUGUUCGACCGAAUGCCGGAGCCGGACAGGACCCCCGCGUCGUGGAACACCCUGCUCACGUGCUACUGCAGGGCCGGCGACCUCGCCUCCGCCAGGGCAGUCUUCGAGGCGAGCCUGCGCGCGGCGACGAGCAGCGUCGUGUCGUGGAACGCCAUGGUCGACGGGUACUGCAAGGCCGGGCGGAUGGACGCUGCACGGGAGCUGUUCGACCGGAUGGGCUCAUCACUGCGGGACGUCGUCACCUAUAACACGAUGAUGGCCGGGUACUUGCGCCGGGGAGACCCAGCCGCCGCCAUCGCGAUGUUCCGCCGGCUGACGCAGGAGGGGGAUCAGGAGACGCCGAGGCCCACCGCGGUCACCAUUGCCACCGUGGUGACGGCUUGCACGCAGGUGGGGGACUUCGGCUUUGGCCGGGCGGUCCAUCUCUCCGCCCGGCAGCUGCUGGGGACGAGCCCCGACGCCGUGCUGAGCAACGCCCUCAUGGACAUGUACUUCAAGUGCGGGAGCGUGGACCGCGCGCUCGAGGUCUUCAGCGCCAUGCCGCCCGGCGCGCCCAACCUCUUCUGCUGGAACACGGUGAUCGCGGGGCUGGGCAGGAACGGCCGCGGCGAGGACGCCGUCAGGGCGUUCCGCGACAUGGUCGAGGCGAGCAAGAAGAACAACGAGGUGAAGCCGGACUCGGUGACGUUCGUGGCGCUCCUGUCGGCGUGCAGCCACUCGGGCCUGGUGGCCGAGGCCGGCCGCUCUUCGGCGAGAUGCUGCCGGCCCACGGGGUGGCUCCCGGGGCGGAGCACUACGGCUGCAUGGUGGACCUGCUGUGCCGCGCGGGGCUGCUCGGCGAGGCCGUGCGGCUCGUGCGGACGAUGCCCGUCCGCCCCAACGCCAAGGUCCUGGGGUGCCUGCUGCUCCACGCGCGCGGCUCGGGGGACGGCGUCGCGGCGAGCGAGUGGGCGGCGGGGCGGAUCGCGGAGCUGGACGGCCGCGACGGCGCCGCGUACGGGCUGUCCAACCUGUACGCGUCGCUGCAGAGGUGGGAUCACGUCGAGAGGCACCGGAGCAGCGCGGCCGUGGCGAGCGGCAAGGAGCCUGGAUGGACCAGCUACGAUCCGCAUGCGGGCUAGUUCGAGGCACCGACUCGUAUGUUUUCUGCAAGGAGGACACACACGUGCACACACACGGCACCGCACGACGGGAGCAGUGAUAGGGAGCCCACGUCUGCAGUGA